AUGGUAUCGCCACCUGCUCUACCCCGUAUGCCUGUUCGCUGGAAAAGCAAAGGUAAGGGUAAAGCGAAGGCUGUCCCGUUAUCCAAAGAUCAAUUGCCAAGUGAACUACUUGAGCUAAUUCGUGCGGAUGAGAUGGUUGGAGAGUUUGAGGCAACACUCAGUCGAUUUCAGUCCGCUUUACAACACAAGUUGGCUCUGAAAAUCACCCCACAAAUGUUGGCCGAUUUGCCUAUUCCCGAAGCGCAUGCCAAACUUGGCCAGGUAGCGAAUCUAAUCGCUCAGAAUGAACAACACAGUGCUAGCAUCAAUCCGCAAUUAUUGGUCGAUUUAACCGCUCGCCCGGAUCUGAUUGGCGCGGCUCGGAAAGCGGUCAUCCAAUUCCUCGAGUCCGCAAAUCAUGGUUCUGCCUCGUCCUUGGUCCAUGCGGCCGGCCAGACUGCAUUCACUGUCCGGUUGCGUACCGUGGUUACUCGAGAGGCUCGAGAUGAGCUCAUUCAUAAGGGCCAAGAAAUGCUUAAUCAAGUCAAGAGGGAAAUGGAUCGAAUCUACCAGGCACAUGAUAAACUGAUUCCGAACACUCCACAAGGCAAACGGCAUCACAGUGAGGAUAAUCUGUUCACAGCUCGAGAAUAUUUGCGUGCUACGAUCAAACAGCAUCACGCCCUGGCCACCUCGAUGUGGGAGAAAAAGCACUCGGAGCUGAACGGACCGUAG